AUGGUUAUUGUGUCAGCAGCAAUUGGACUGUACUAUGCCGUCAAGUCCCGCAACAAGACAGCAACGAUGGAGGAUUAUCUUCUGGGUGGAAGGAAGAUGGGACUCUUCCCGAUUUCGUGUUCACUCAUUGCAACAUCCCUCACGGGAACAUCAAUUGUGGGCCUAACAGCUGAAACCUAUGCCUAUGGUACACACUCAUGGUUGUACUCUGUGUGCUUUACAAUAAUGGCCAUCUGCAAUACCUUCAUCUUCCUUCCGGUCUUUUCGGAGUUGAAGCUCACAUCGAGCUUUAAGUAUUUGGAAAUGAGAUUUAAUCGACGUGUUAGACUCCUUGCUAGUGGACUGUUCCUGUUGACAGGAUUAAUCUUCCUGCCAAUUACUGUCUACGUACCAGCUCUGACCUUUCAGAGUGUUACAGGAGUCAAUACGCAUACGACAGUUGUAGUUCUCUCACUCCUGUGUGCCGCCUAUACAGCUCUUGGAGGCUUUAAGGCAGUCGUGUGGACUGAUGUAGUUCAGCUUGCUCUCAUGAUUGUGUCUUUUAUCGUUGUAAUCGUCAUUGGAACCAAUACUGUGGGUGGGUUUGAAAAUGUCUUUGAAGCUGGAAAGCGAGGACAACGAUUGAUUAUUCUAAACGCGGAAGAAGUGAAUACAAGAACCUCAAUGUAUGGAAUGAUCUUGUCAAAUGCUUUCACAGCAACGUAUCAGUUUGGUCUGAGUCAGACAAACCUUCAGCGCUUCAUUUCUCUGCCGAGUCUAAAUAAAAUGAGAAUAUCAGCGUGGAUUCUAUCAAUAGCCUUCAGUCUAUUCUUCUUUCUAUCCGUCUUCUUGGGAUUGGUGGUUUAUGCGAAUUAUGAGACAUGUGAUCCAUUCAAAGCAGGCUUCAUCAAGAAGAUUGAUCAGAUCCUACCAUAUUUUAUUCAAGAGAAAGCAUCGUUUUUCCACGGCUUCAAUGGAAUUUUCAUAGCAGGAAUCUUCUCAGCUAGCCUAUCCACAACGUCCUCUUAUUUUAAUGCCAUGAGUGGGAUUAUUUAUGAGGAUUUCCUUAGUAAAAGGUUUCCUAACAUCAAAGACAGAACGGUUGGAAAUAUCAUGAAAGCAACGACCUUUGCCCUGGGAAUCCUGCAGAUUUUCUUAGUUUUCUUUGUGGAAAAGUUGGGAAUGGUAAUGAAGAUGACCCUCCAAGUAAUGGCGAUUAACAGUGCAACACUCAUUACGCUGUUUAUUCUUGGAAUUCUCAUCCCUAAGGCAAAUUCAAAGGUUAGACUUUAG